AUACAUAUAUAUUAAACCCCCACAAUUCCAUUCGGACGCUGGUUCGCCGCUUGGCACUGCGCGUCGCGGUUGCCACGGAUACCGAGCCUGAGCGGCAGGCCGGUAGAAAGUGACGCAAUGACUUUCGAGAGCCAGUACAAACUUGAUGAUGGCACCAGUGUUGUCGUGGACUGCUUUCCAGUCAGAAAGAUCUUUAAGAGAGGAUACCAAAGUGCUGGACAUUGGGCGGAGGUUCAGAAAAGUCCCAAGCAGAAGGACUUCCAGGCUGUCCUUGGCCCAAAGCCACCGAGCCAGAAGGUGCUUGCUGCACCAAGCCCAGUAUCCAAACCUCACGUUGCCCAGAUUCCUAAACCUGUCAAGGAGAAAGUACUGGAUGGAAAUUACUUGAUGCUCUUGCACCACGUGGAUAAUCAAUCGGACCUUUGUGUUGUGAAUAUUAAUGACCAGGAUCUCAAUGCCGUUAAUGGAGAAGAUUUUCAUUUGUUUGAUAAUGUGGCCUACAUCAAUGCAGCAGCAAACCAUUUACCUUUAGAGCCAUUUUGUUUGUUUCCGGCUCUCAGGGAAUUGGAUCUUAGCGCGAAUGGUCUACGGAAUCUGCUUGUAAGGCCUCAAGAUUUCCCCCACUUGGAGGUACUAAAUAUAUCCUACAACAAUGUGUCCAAAGAAGAUAUUUUGGCAUUGGGCCUCCUCCCUCAUCUCAAGGUCCUCCAUCUGACUGGCAAUGAUCUGGACUCACUUUCCCCAGACCUGACAACACCCUAUCAUCCUGUGGAUAGGUUGGAAGAGCCCUUACCAAGGUUUCCGGUCCUUGAGGUCCUGAUGCUGGAUGAGAAUAGAUUCUCUGACCCCUGUGUGUUCUCAAGCCUGGCUGGUCUUCACAGGCUGAAAUACUUAAAUCUUGAUGAAAACAGCUUUACUGGGGUGCCCUACCUGCAGCAAAUGGAGGUCUCUGCGCUCUUUGAGAAGACGGAAAGUACUCUGCUCUCCCAUUCAGUCAUCAGCCAAAUCAAACAGCCCGUCAAAUGUCUGUCGCUGAAGUCGGCAGAAACUUCUCUGUUUCAUUCUGAUGUUGAAGUUGAGAGAGGACUCAGAGAAAAGGUGGUGGAGAGAGUGGAGGAGAGAUGCUGA